AUGGAGCCGGCCAGUGCCGAGCUGGGGCCACCAGAGCGGAGCCGGGAACGGUGUUCGCCCGGGCCGAGGAGGAAGCCGGAGCAUUUGGGGGACUGGACCGCGGGAACCCGGAAACGCCUGGGCCGCAUCGGGCCGGCGGCAGAGACGGCGGCGGUAGUGGGCGCCGCUGCGCUUCAGGGGUCGCGGGGGACCCGGCGGGCGCCGCAGCGGGGUCCCGGCGGAGCGAAGCCGCCGCCCCCAGUGCGCGCAGCCGCCCGAGCCGCGCGGGAGGCAAAUGAAGAUAAAACAAUGUCAGCCAACCUAAAAUACCUUUCCUUGGGAAUUUUGGUCUUUCAGACUACCAGUCUGGUUCUAACGAUGCGUUAUUCUAGGACUUUAAAAGAGGAGGGGCCUCGUUAUCUGUCAUCUACAGCCGUGGUUGUUGCUGAACUUUUGAAGAUAAUGGCCUGCAUUUUAUUAGUCUACAAAGACAGCAAAUGUAGUCUAAGAGCACUGAAUCGAAUAUUACAUGAUGAAAUUCUUAAUAAACCUAUGGAAACACUUAAACUUGCUAUUCCAUCAGGGAUAUAUACUCUUCAGAAUAAUUUACUCUAUGUGGCACUGUCAAAUCUAGAUGCAGCUACUUAUCAGGUCACGUAUCAGUUGAAAAUUCUUACGACUGCAUUAUUUUCUGUGUCGAUGCUUAGUAAAAAAUUAGGUGUGUACCAGUGGCUCUCCCUAGUAAUUUUGAUGACAGGAGUUGCUUUUGUACAGUGGCCCUCAGAUUCUCAAGAGCUUAAUUCGAAGGAACUUUCAGCUGGCUCACAAUUCGUAGGCCUCAUGGCAGUUCUCACAGCAUGUUUUUCAAGUGGCUUUGCUGGGGUUUACUUUGAGAAAAUCUUAAAAGAAACCAAACAAUCAGUGUGGAUAAGAAACAUUCAACUUGGUUUCUUUGGGAGUAUAUUUGGAUUAAUGGGUGUAUAUGUUUAUGAUGGAGAACUGGUAUCAAAGAAUGGAUUUUUUCAGGGGUAUAACCGGCUGACCUGGAUAGUUGUUGUUCUUCAGGCACUGGGAGGCCUUGUAAUAGCUGCUGUUAUUAAGUAUGCAGAUAACAUUUUAAAAGGAUUUGCAACCUCUCUGUCCAUAAUAUUAUCAACACUGAUAUCUUAUUUUUGGCUACAAGAUUUCAUACCAACCAGUGUCUUUUUCCUUGGAGCCAUCCUUGUAAUAACAGCUACUUUCCUAUAUGGUUAUGAUCCUAAACCUGCAGGAAAUCCCACUAAAGCAUAGUGAUGUAUCAAAUAACAUGGAUAUUCAAAGUUUGAAAAUUAUAAUUACCUAUAAAGCUGUGAAGAAAUAGAAGGAUGAUUUGAAAAACAUUUUCAUGUAUCUCAGAUUUUUAUAUUUAUACAGAAGAUUACUAAACAAAGGAUUGCUAUAUGUUGCAAAUGUUCAACUGCAUAAAAAUUGAUAAAGUAACAUUCUGGGUCUGAUUUGUCAGACAAUAAAAUUCAUAUUUAAAUUUAAUGUAAAGAAAUAUACACAUCUAUUUCUCCAUCUACAUUUUAAGAUCUUUUAGUGCUUCAGAACUGCUGGAAGCAAGCAAUCCAGUUGUUCCUGUGCUAGAUAGUAGCCAGUUUUAUACUAAUGGAGUUUUGUCCUUAAUCUCUUAAUUGUAUUUUUCUGUAAAUCAGAUAAAUCCUUAAUAUUACUUUAAAAUAAAUUUCUGUGUGUGUUAAUUUCCAUUAAAGUUUUAAAAUGUAAUUUAAAUACUCAUAUAAUAAUUUAAAAUAAUAAUUAUUGUCUAAUGUCUCCAUUUGGAGAAUUAUGAACUAUCAAAGCAUAUACUGUAUAUAACUAGAGCAUUUUUAGAUGAAUAUUUUACUCAUUGAUCUGUAAAAACUUCUUUUAAUCUACAACUGUUGACAAAACAACCAAAAAAAUAGUAGUACAGAUAUCAAUAAAUUGAGACCAAAAUGACUUUUCUUGGAGACAUUCCAGAUUGCCAUGAUAUUACAUUAUUUUAAAUGGCACUAUAAGUAUAAAUUCAAGGCUGCUCAGAGGAACUUUCUAGGCCUCACAUAAACCCACCACUUCCAGGAAUUCUCUGAUGCAUGUCUGGGAGAGGCAGCCGAAUUCUGAAUUCCCUUUCUGUGGCCCUACAAAAGCUGCCAGGAAGGAGCCACAGCUUUGCUUUACAAUAGUGGUUUCCUUUCCAUUUGAUUAGCACUGGAGUUGAGAUUGAAAAUUACAUGAGUUAUUUAAUUAAUUGGUUCAGGGAGAGAAAAUAUAGCAGAAAUGAUCAAAUGAACUGGUGGGCACAAAUACUUUCUAAAAUUGGAAUAUGGGUUUAAUUUAAUUAUUGACUAGAGACAGAAUUACCUAUUAUGUAUAGGAAGUAAUUUAUUUUUUUUCUUUCAUACAUUAUAUAUUUUUAAAAGUCUCCUGUUCUAAUAGUAUAAAUCUGUAAACAAUAAAUAUUUUUAUAUAAUUCUCAUGGAUUUUGUUAAACAAAAUUUGGCUGAAAAUACUGUGUUACAAACUGUUGGCUACUCUUGGCUAAUUAGGACUGGCUGUGUUACUUUGCUGAGGCAAACCUAGCCUCUACAGGACAAAAGCCUAAUAUAUUCCAUACAGAGUUUUAAAAAAUGCUUAAAAUUACAAAGUAUUUUAAAUUAAUUUGCUGGUGAUUCCAAGUUGGCACCAAGCAAACUUUCUGGAACUCUGACUUACGACUUUCAGUGACCACCUUUUAGAGUAUUUAUUUAAUAACUUUACCACAAUUUGAGAAUGGUGUUUUUAGCCUGUAACAACAUUCAGGCUUACAUCUUAUUACUUACUGCUAAGGGAAAUCUAAAUCCUAUAAUGCACAGAAUUCUAGACUAAAUAUAAAGAUUUAUGUUCAGCUCACACUGAAGUACUGGUUGGGUACUUAUGUGUUAAUUCGGUGUGCAUUCAUAAUUAAUUGUUAAUUCAGGUUUAGUCUCUCAAUUUUAACACUUCAAAAAAUGAUACAGCAAAUUAUUGGACAUCAGACAUGUUAGUUACAAUAGUAAUAUAUUUUCAGGUAUCCAAAAUAACACAAUUUUCAAGAUUCCCACCAAAGUUUAUAAAAUGUAAUCAAGAGUUCUGAGAAAGGGCAAAAUAGUCUAUUUUCAAAGUAAACUUUUAUUAGACAGGCAUAAUUUAUAUUUUGCUUUUCUAGUAGGUUUGAAAAUGUUAUUAGAGAUUUGGUUGUGUAGUUUAUGAUUCAUAAAGAAAUAAUCAUGUUUGAGAAGGUGGACCUGUAUCCUAGAUCAUGUCAUAUAUACAGAUAAUGCUGUUUUCUUCUGUGUGUGCUGUGUUUUGAUGACCUCCAGAAGCCUUAUUGUAUCAAUCUUUUAUAAUGAUGACUCCUUGAUUAUUUAAAUUCUUAUACUUUUUAGAGUUUACAUGUUACUACUUUGUUCAUUAUAAAAAUGUGCUAACUCAUGGGAGAAGAGUGCCAAUUGAUAGUUCUAUAAAACUUAAGAAUAUGGUAUUUUGGAAGAAAAUUUUGAAAUGCAACAUGUAGAUGUAUCAACACAGUAAUAUUAUCAAUUCUAUAAUAAGUGAUUUUUAGAGACAUUGUAGACUACUUUUAUGGUGGAAAAUGUAGUUUAGAGAUGAAAAACUUAAAUGUUUACAUCAAUUUAUAUUGAAUGUCACAAUUUCAUAGAAGGAAAGGUGGUUUGAUAUUUAAACUAGAUUCUAAGGAGACAGAAUCUGAGUGGAAACUAAUUGACUUUGUGCUCAGUAGACUUUGUGUAAUACAAACUGUUCUUAAGAAUUGAUACACUUUUCCUACAUAUCAAAUUAUUAGACUUUUAACAUGUCAUUGUAUAGUCACUCACCUGAGUUUUGUUUUGUUUUUAAAAACAGGGUUUAGCAUCACUCAUUUUAUUUACACUUUCGUUGUUAUAAUAUUUAAUUACAUGUGAAUGUAUGCUCUACAUAAGAAAAAGUUUAUAAAAGUUAUUUAUGCUAUAUUGAAAGUCAUCUUAAGGAUCUCCCAGAUAUGUAGCAUAUUUAAAGUAAUUAUAGGACCAAAGAAAAAGCACCUUUAUCAAAAUCUGGUCCUAUGUGCCUUGCUUUACCAAAUACCUGACUUUUCUGGAGGACAAUACUGUAAUUCACAAUUUUGGACACAUAGGCAAAAUUAGGAUGUUUUAAGAAUAACUAUAAUUCCAUUUUUUCGUUGUUUCAACAUUUGCUAUUUAAAUCCAUUAUCUAACAGAAUAUUAAAAUAGGUAUAUUAUACAAGUAUUAGUGAACAGAACUUAUUUAAAUAAAUUAUGGUACUAUUGCUCCAUCAUUGAAAUUUUGAAACUUUAACAAUUGUAUAUAACUGUCAUUUUGGUUUUUUAUUUCUUAUUAUAAGAUAUAAUUUACUGUGAUUUUUAAACAAUUUUUUUAAUGAUUUGGAUUCUGAAUUUGUCUGUAUGUGUAUUUCCUUUGUUUAGGAAGAUUCUUUUGGGUUUGGGGCUGUGAUUUGUAUAUUUAAAUUUUUUACGGACAUAAUUCAAAGGAAUCUGUAAAUUGGUCUUUUGUUAAAUGGCUUUUUAAUUGAUAAAUUUCUCUUUGUCAUUUUUUGCUAUCCAGUUAUUAUCUAUUCAGUAGAUUUAUGGAAAUAGAUUAUUUUCAUAACUAUGUAAAUUUUUUCCUAUAUUUCCUGUUUCCCUAUUCACCUGUGCUUGACUUAACCAUGAAUUAGUCUCCUCUCUAUAUAUCAAAAAUGACUCACUGAGCCUUUCCCUACCUCUCUAGUUACCUUUAUCAUGUGUGUGAUCUUCCUUUUUACUAGCCUAUGCCCUAGCACGAAAGGCUGGAUUUUAUUUAAACUCAUUGGAAUUUCUCUACCUGUAUGAUGAUAACAGUCUAAAAAUUUUUUGCUUUAAAUAAAUUAUCUCUUUGCUAGCCUCAAAGUUAAGAAAUUACAGUAAUUGGUAUAUUUUUUUUUCAUAUAUUUUUUUUGGCCACGCUGCACGGCUUGCGGGAUUUUAGUUCCCCGACCGGGGAUCAAGCCCGUGCCCCCUGCAGUGGAAGCGCGGAGUCCUAACCACUGGACUGCCAGGAAAUCCCCAAUUUUCUUCAUAAUUUGAAUAUAAUUGCUUGUAUUGUGACUAUCCAAUGCAUAGAGAUCAAAUGAUAAGCAAUAUAAAGGAUUUUAUUUCCACCUUUA